UGAUUAGUUUUUGAUAGCAAGCAUCCCCAUUAUCUUGUUUUCUGGAGCUCAGAAGUGGCAUACUGACUUCCAUUUGUAACUCUGGGGUGGCCUGCGCGUUCAAGGAACAGCAAGUUCUGCAGAACCUGUUUCUUUGCAUGUGUGCGGGCCUGAGCCCUUCUAAAUGGCAACAAAAUCAAUUUAAAAAGAAAUCACGUAGAGAUUAUGCGUAUUGACAUUGGUGAUUCUUAAAAGCUUUUUUUCACGGCUUUUUUUCUAGCAUGAAUGUUUUAAUUUCUUUGCUCCUAGACUUAUGUAGUACUGUGUUAUUUUUUGUUCUUUCUGCUCAGGGAUUGCAUGUCUAUUUUGAUCUCUUUUAUGCUCUUACUUUUCAUGUUUCUUUAAUACGUUUUUGAGAAGUUUUUAACGCAUUUUGGUCAAGAGCAGAAUUCUGUAGUUCUCCCGAUGGCAUACAUUAACAUUUUUACCUUGGGCUACAGGAACGUUAAGUUGUUGACAGCUUCAGGUAUGAAAGCUGCUUAACCUCUCUAGACGAUAGUUUAUCACUUCAGGCUACACACAAGCUCUUAGAAAUGGUUGGGGGUUUUUUGGCAGUCAACCUUUGGGCAGCCCUCUUUAACUUAAUACGCUGUUCCUUUUGAUAAUGUUGGAGGAUAACACGACUGUGUUCCCAGGGACUUACAUUAUCGUUUUACCUUAGGCUAUUUCUCUAGUACUUCCUGGGUUUGGGGUUUUUUCUGUUGAAGGUGAGAACACUAAUUUACACCGCAGGUGAGGAUGCAGUAUGAAACUGUCAUGGAAACCUGAAAUAAAAUCUUUUUAACUUCUGAAAAAUUAAAUGGGAAGUUCUUGGCAUAAAAGACUGCUACUACCUCUUGAUAACAUGGUUUGCUUCUGGCAGUAUUCUUAGUUUGAUUUAAUCUUAUUUGGUAGUUUCUUGUGAGUUGUGUACCUUACCUUUUCUCGCUCAGUCCUGGAAAUUUUUGCUUUGGUUUCCAGAGUUCUUUUGCAAAGGCAGAGGGAGUUUUUAAAGAUAACCCAGAAGACACGAUGAGUGUUAAAGCUUUCAAGCUCGUUUCUGCUGUUGAGCGGGAGAUGUUAAUGGGAGACAAAAAUUACAUCAACAUCGAAUGCAUUGAGUGUUGUGGAAGGAACCUCUACAUUGGAACCAAUGACUGCUUUAUCUAUCACUUUCUAUUGGACGAAAAGAUAUCAACAGCUGGAAAAAUUACUUUUGCUGCCACCAAGCAACUGCAUAAAUACCUGGGCUUGAAGAAGCCUGUGAGUGAGUUGAAAGCAGCCUCUGCCCUCACCAGGCUGCUUGUGCUUUGCGACAACACAAUAACACUAGUUAACAUGAUGAACCUGGAACCUGUCCCCACUGGUGCUCGAAUCAAAGGAGCUGUGACAUUCACAUUAAAUGAAAACCCUGUGAGUGGGGAUCCUUUCUGUGUUGAAGUCUGCAUUAUCUCGGUCAAGCGACGGACCAUCCAAAUGUUCAUGGUGUUUGAAGACAGAGUCCAGAUAGUGAAGGAAGUGUUUACUCCAGAGCAACCCUGUGCUGUGGCUGUAGAUGGUUAUUACUUGUGUCUUGCGCUUACUACACAGUAUAUAAUUUUGAAUUAUAAUACUGGAGUCUCCCAGGAUCUAUUUCCUUAUUGCAGUGAUGAGAAACGGCCAAUUGUGAAAAGGAUAGGCAGACAAGAGUUUCUGUUGGCUGGCCCUGGAGGCCUAGGCAUGUUUGCAACUGUAGAUGGCAUUUCACAGCGUGCCCCUGUGCACUGGUCGGAGAACGUGAUUGGAGCAGCUUUGUGCUUUCCUUAUGUGGUUGCUCUUGAUGAUGAGUUCAUUACAGUGCAUAGCAUGCUGGACCAGCAGCAAAAGCAAACCCUGCCUUUUAAAGAAGGUCACAUUCUACAGGACUUUGAAGGAAAGGUGAUUGUUGCUACUAAUAAGGGAGUGUAUAUCUUGGUGCCACUACCUUUGGAAAAACAGAUUCAGGAUCUUCUAGCUAGCCACAGAGUGGAAGAAGCCCUUGUUCUAGCAAAAGGAGCUCGAAGAAAUAUUCCAAAAGAGAAAUUUCAGGUAAUGUACAAACGAAUCCUGCAGCAGGCAGGUUUUAUACAGUUUGCACAGCUUCAGUUCCUUGAAGCAAAAGAACUCUUCAGAAGCGGCCAGCUUGAUGUCCGGGAGCUGAUCUCUCUCUACCCCUUCCUGUUGCCUACUUCCUCUUCAUUUAUACGGUCUCAUCCCCCUCUGCAUGAGUACGCGGACCUAAACCAGCUGACCCAAGGGGACCAGGAGAAGAUGACAAAAUGCAAACGGUUCCUCAUGAGUUACUUGAAUGAAGUCCGCAGCACUGAGGUGGCAAAUGGCUACAAGGAAGAUAUUGACACAGCUUUACUCAAGCUAUAUGCAGAGGCAAAUCAUGAAAGCCUGCUGGAUCUGCUAGUUUCGGAGAACUUUUGUCUCUUAACAGAUAGUGCUGCCUGGCUGGAAAAACACAAAAAGUAUUUUGCACUUGGUCUCCUAUAUCACUACAAUGGUCAGGAUGCUGCAGCACUUCAGUUAUGGGUGAAAAUAGUUGAUGGAGACAUUGAAGACGCUACACGUUCAGAUCUCUAUGAAUAUAUAGUAGACUUCCUUACAUUCUGCUCAGACCAAGAUCUAGUGUGGAAAUACUUUGAGUGGGUUUUACAGAAAAAUGAAGAGGUUGGUGUACAGAUUUUCACUAAAAGGCCUUUGGAAGAACAGGAGAAAAACAACAUUAAUCCAGAUGAUAUCAUCAGUUGCCUUAACAAAUAUCCUAAAGCACGUAUUAAAUAUCUAGAACAUCUUGUACUGGAAAGGAAGAUAGAGAAGGAAAAGUACCAUACUCAUCUAGCUAUCUUGUACUUGGAGGCAAUACUUCAGCUAAAAUCUGUGACCACAGAUAAUUGUACAGAAACAACUGAACUGCUGCUUAAACUACGCAGUCUUCUUCAGAAAUCUGAUCUUUAUAGAAUUCACUUUAUUUUGGACAAAAUCCAGGGCACAGACCUUCAUAUGGAAAGUGCAAUUUUAUAUGGAAAACUAGAAGAACACGAGAAGGCUUUGCAUAUCCUUGUCCACGAGUUAAAGGACUACCAUGCUGCUGAAGAAUACUGUAUAUGGAACUCUGAGAACAGAGACAUGCAGUACAGACAGAGGCUGUUCCAUAUGUUGCUGUCAGUGUAUCUAAAUCCAGGCACUUCAGAUUGUGCACUAGUCAUGGCUGCUGUGGACCUCUUGAAUAACCACGCUGCUGAGUUUGAUGCGGGUCUAGUUUUGCAGGUGGUGCCUGACAGCUGGUCAGUGCAGCUCCUCUCUCCGUUCCUGGCUGGAGCAGUGAGGCAAAGCAUUCAUACAAAAAGAAUGACUCAGGCUGCACUUGGAUUAGCACAAGCUGAAAACUUAAUCUACAAACACGAGAAGGUUAAACAAAGAGGAACUCCAAUUCUUCUUUCGGACAAAAAGGUCUGUCAGGUGUGCCAAAAUCCUUUCUGCGAGCCUGUAUUUGUAAGAUACCCAAAUGGGGGUAUGGUGCACACACACUGUGCUGCAAAUAGACAUCUGAAUUCAAACAUGACUCAUCACUCUUCCAGCUCCAGCAAUCAGACUUGAAAUAUGUUCUGGUCCCACUGGUUCCCAGGACUUACACCCCAUUGAAAGUGGGUUGGAAAAAAGAACAAAGUGCAGCUACUUUAGGUAUAAAUCAAGAUGAACAGCUAGUCUUUGGGUUAAUGGGAAGACUUCCAGUAAAUAUGAAAUAUCACCACUUAUCUUUUUAAUUUCUAAUGAAUGUAGAUAGAAGAAAAUUCACUACCAGAAAUGGAGAGGUGCAAAUAUAGGCUCUACUGUAUAUAAUAAUAAACAGUUAAUGAAAAUGAGCCUUCUCUUCACAGUAAGGAUGAAUGUUACGGAAACAAGGCAAACAGGUUUUUUUAAGAAAUGUCACUUUGCACUGAACGUGGUGUUGAUAAGUUUGUAGAGGUGGAGAUGGCAUCUAUUGGAGUUGGAAUUCUUGGAACAUUAUGUGACAAGACUGGCAUCAUGCAGCUUACUAUCAAGAUAAAAAUGUGUGUUGGUUAUAACAUUUGCUGCAGCAUGUCCUCUUUUGGGCUGGAUUCUCUUCCCCAGGAUCACAUUAUGAACUUGAUUUUUGCUCUACAAAUCGUUGGCUUUUGAUGCACUUUUCAGUACUUCCCCUCUCUCCUCUGCUAUAUAGGAUUUAAGUGUAAGCACUGGUCCAUUAGGUUUCUACUCCUACAGUUACUGUAAAAAAAACUAAGUGGAAACUAAUAGCCUCAGUCACACGGCUCUGCUUGGAAGAAAAAGGAGGUCAGAUUAUCUGGUCAGAUUGUAGUCACUUUUAUAUGGGGGAAGAGACCUUAACUUUAAUAUUGAUUUAUUUAUUAAUAUGCAAAUAUACUGUACAUACAGUUGAAUAAAUUGAUCUUAUAUCAUUCUAGAGUUUUUUUGGAGGCUAAAGAUGUGCCUGAUACAAAAGUGUACAGGUUAUGUGCUAAAUGUUUGCUAUAACAUAACUUAGGCAGAUGGGAAUUCUACAAGAACAGGUUUUUAUAACUUGUGUAUGACUUUGUGCAGUCAAAAUCGUGGAAAGAAGGUAUAAUUGGGAAGAAAACUAUAAAGGUGCACUACAGGGGUAAUGGAUUUGUUAUAUUCUACAAAACAAAAAAACCAGCAAAACUACCCUAACUUCCCUGAUAAGUAUUCACAUUGCUAUUUAACCAUUUUAAAGCAAUCAGUUUAAAAGAAGCAGCUUCCCACAAGAGAAGUUAAAAAAUGGCGACUUUAAAUAAAAGUAUUUCAAAGUCAAAGCAUUUAUUUUAAUUCUGUGAAGCUCUAAGAAAUACCAAGCUUACUGACUAGCAUGCAGUUGAGUUAGUACAGCUGCUCACUGUUUCAGCAUUGCAACUCAGAGUGGAGACUUUCAGCAAAAUGGGAUAUCUUCUAGAUGCAGUCUUGAAAGAGGUCUCCUGUUUCAGAAGGGUUACCUUAUGAAACAGCCUUUUAAGCAUAGUGCUGCCUCCAGGAAGGGGCAAACAGAUUACAUUCUGGGGAAAAAAAAUACCCAUUUCUUUCUUAAGGCAAAAGACCUUCGGAUCUUUCUCUUUGCGGAGUUUGGAAUUAGAACAGUAUAGUUGUGUUGGGUUUUAAAAAUUAAAUAAAAUCCAAGUAAGGAAUAGCAUAGUGCUUUCUAUUAAGACAUGUAAGAAAUGUUUAGUGAAAGGCCCCUUCAAAAUAGACAAAUUCUUCUGUGGCACUGGUAUGAGCAAAUUCUUUGUAUCUUGUAUUCAUAGUUUUCAAACAUUGUGUAUACAGUGGGCAAUGAUGACAGACAAAUUUGUAGUCCCCUGUCCUCAAAAUCCUGAUAGAGAGGAAGUGAUUUUACAAAGAUCUGAUAAGCCUUUUGUGUACAGCAUGCAAUUCGUAAGAAAUACUUUCUUUUGCUGCACACAUCCUCAGUCUGCUCUGCUCCUAUCUAAUAAGGAGGUACUAAGCCAAAGACCACUCUCCAUGAUUAAGACUAAUUCUAGCCACUAGGUAGUGAUGAACUUAGUCUUGUCAACUAGUGUUGCAAUGGAAUAGAGAUCAUACCAUUCCAGGCCACAAGGAAGUUCUUAAUUGUUAUUGCAUGAAAAGGUAUGUCUGUAAAAGAUUAGUAAAUUCUUUAUUAAUAUUCAACGUUUUUCAGAUUUGUACUUUGGCUAAAAUCCUGCAGUAACAAUAAUUGUACAUACAAAACAAAUACAGAAAUCACAGUAAUGCAAGGUAGCAUAUUCGCAAUAAUAGGUGACCAAAAAGGUGAUUAAUAUUAAAGUUGGGGGAUUUAAUUCUUUUAGCACUCCAGAAAUGUGGACUGGAAAAA